GCUUUCCCGCAAACCCGGAAGCGGAUCGAGCAGAGAAGGGGCGCGCUCGGUAUAAACUUACCUGAGAAAGAAGACCAGAAGAGGGAAAAAAGGAGGAAUGGCUCUUUUCCAGGGAUGGUUAACAUUCAGGGAUGUGGCCAUAGAAUUCUCUCAGGAGGAGUGGGAGUGCCUGGACCCCGCUCAGAGGGCCUUGUACAGGGAUGUGAUGUUGGAGAACUACAGGAACCUGGUCUCCCUGGGUGAGGAUAACUUCUCUCCAGAAGUUGGAAGCCCUUCUGCUGGAUUUACAGUCAAGGAAUUAUCACCAGUAGAGAACAUUAAUAAAGGAGAAUUUUACCACUUAAUAAUACUGGAAAGAAAUGAAAGUCAUGGCAUCAAGGAUUUUGAUCUCAAGGAAGUCUGGGAAAAUAUGCACGAGUUAGAGGGUCAGUGGGAGUAUGAUGCAAGAAAUUACAAAGUAGUGCCUUUGACCCAGGACAAAAAGCUCACUUGUAGAAAAGACCAGCAACUUAAUCAGUCCUCAGUUACUCUUCCUGAAAAGCAGAGUGUUUCUGUAAGAAAUAAUACAUACCAGUAUCUCGUGGAUGAUGAGCCACUUACAAGGACUUUGUUAAAAUGGGAUGGUAACAGAAGUGGUUCUGGAAACCAGUACAUAAACUGCGUGGAAAAUAGAAUUGGAUUAAGUUUGCAGGCACAUCAGGCUGAACUCCAGAGAUUUCACAGUGAGGAGAAAAUGUAUGAAUGUAAUCCAACUGAGAAGUCUGUCAGCAAUGGUUCCUCAGUCUCACCACUUCAAAGAGUUCCUCCCAGUUCCAAAAACAUUUGGAAUAAAUCUAGGAAGAUUUUUAACUAUCCUUUGUUACCUGCACAAUACAAGACAGCAUACACUAGAGGAAAAUAUUACAAAUGCAAUGACUGUGGGAAGACUUUUAGCAAAAGCUCAAACCUCAUAAGUCAUGAGAGAAUUCAUUGUGGACAGAGACCUUACAAAUGUAAUGACUGUGAUAAAGCCUUUACAUACCGUUCAAAUCUUACUCGACAUCAGAAAAUCCAUACUGGAGAGAAACCUUACAAAUGUAACGAGUGUGGCAAAACAUUUACCCAAUGUGCAAACCUUACUAGGCAUCAGAUAAUACACACUGGAGAGAAACCACACAAAUGUAACGUGUGUGACAAGGCUUUUAACCAAAGUUCGAGCCUUAUGGCACAUCGGAGAAUUCAUACAGGGGAAAAGCCUUAUAAAUGUAAUAAGUGUGAUAAGGCUUUUAUCAAACGUUCAGACCUUUGGUGUCAUGAGAGAACUCAUACUGGGGAGAAACCUUACAAAUGUAGUGAGUGUGGCAAAGCCUUUGCUGAGCGUUCGAAUCUUACUCAACAUAGAAGAAUCCAUACAGGACAAAAACCUUAUAAAUGUAAUAAAUGUGAUAAGGCUUUUAUCAAACGUUCAGACCUUUGGGGUCAUGAGAGAUCUCAUGCUGGUGAGAAACCUUACAAAUGUAAUGAGUGUGCCAAAGCUUUUUCCCAUUUUGCAACCCUUAGUACACAUAAGAAAAUACAUACUGGAGAGAAACCACACAAAUGUAAUGUGUGUGACAAGGAUUUUAUCCGAAGUUCAAGCCUUAGGAGACAUCAGAGAACUCAUACAGGAGAAAAAUCUUAUAAAUGUAAUAAAUAUAAUAAGGCUUAUAUCAAACAUUCAGACCUUUAGAGUCACGAGAGAACUCCUACUGGAGAGAAACAGAUGUAAUGAGUGUGGCAAAGCCUUUACGGAGCAUUCACACCUUGCUCAGCAUAAGAAAAUCCAUAUUGGAGAGAAACCUUAUAAAUGUAAUGAGUGUGGCACAGCUUUUAGUCAAUUUGCAAAACUUACUAGGUUUCAGAAAAUACAUAGUGAAAAGAAACAGUGUAAACCUGAUAUGUGUGGCAGUGCUUUUAUUCAAAACUCAAGCUUUGGGGAUCAUCAAAGAACUCAUAGGAGAAAGAAACCUUGCAAAUAAAAUGAGCAAGUGUUCAGGCCUUACCCAACAUCAGAGAUUCCAUCAUGGAGAGGAACCAUAUGAAACUAACGUAUGUGGCAAAGUUUGCAACCAGGGUUCACACCACACCCGGUAUCAGAAUAUAAAUGUCUGAAAGAAAGCACACAAAUGGAAUGUAUGGCAAGGCUUAUCCAAAGCUCAUAGCUUGCCGACCAUAAUUCUUGCUAGAGAAAAACCUUACAAAUGUAAUGAGUAUGAUCAACUUAUAAAAUUGUACAACUUUGGGGAAGGGGAUAAAAAUAAGUGAAUGGGAUUAAGAGGUACAGACUUCCAGUGAUAAAUGUACAACUUUGUGGUUGCAAGAAUUCACAUACAAUGGAACCCAUACCAGUGUGUCAUGGUCUUUACCUCAGGAAACACCAAAGAUUUCAUACUGGAGAGAAACAUUACAAAUGUAAUGAAGGUGAUAAUUUGUUUACCCGAUCCUUUGAAAGGACUACAGUAAGAAAAUUCAUACUAGGGGGGGAACUAGGUUUAUUUACAGCAUUAACCAAUCUUAGAUGUUAAAUUCCACAGAAAAUUAGAAUUAUGUAAAUUCAUGAGAUGAAGUGUUUCAGUGGGACAAGUAUAUCUGUGGAAGGACCUAAUCAUCUUCUGUUUAAAUCUUUUUUAAAGAUUUUAUUUUCCACUCAACACCCAUCAAGGGGCUAAAACUCCCAACUCUGAGAUCCAGAGUCGCAUGCUCUUCCGACUGAGCCAGCCAGGCACCCCUAUAACUUUUUUUCUAAAUCGUUUGAUUGUCCUUGAGACUAGAUUAUUAUUGAUGACUUAAAACCUUAAGUUUGGAAUCCUCUGAUGUUAUACUUUAAUUACAUGCAUUUCACUUGUCCACUGUGGUGGUCUCAGAGAAUCCUGGAUCAGUCAGGUGAAAGGAGCCUGUUUGAUUAGGUCGAGUUCAGUAAUAGUAUAUACCCUGGAAGAACUAGGAUGCUAAUUUUAAGAUAAGUUUUAGUAUAAAUUUGAGAGCAUGAGGAGUGGCCGGAAAUAGAUGUAAAACUAUUAUCUAAAUUGCCAUGUUUUCUGUGGUCACAGCCCCUUUUCUAGAUUCGUUGGUAUGAUUGAGAGGCUUUGUUGAUUUUAUUACAGGGAAGGAUUCUCUGUCAGAUGAUCAUGAAACAGUAGGUUGGCACACUGAGAGAAUGAGAUUUUCACAUGAGAAUGAUAGGUUACUAGGGAUGGCAUGUGUGGUAGAAAAAAUGGAUGGAGAAUGAUGGUCUUCCCUCUUUUGAAAGGUGAUAGCUAUUGUGUAUCAUGGAUGAGUAAAAAUCAGUCUCAUGUUUGGAAACUGAAGAGAAAGUUCUAGAGGAGAUUUUAAUCAAAAGAAGCAAAGUAGGGGCGCCUGGGUGGGUCAGUAUGUUGAGAGUCCGGUUGGAUUUCGGCUCAGGGUUGUGGGAUAAACCGCAUUGUUAGGCUCUCUGCUGAAUGUGGGACCUGCUUAAGAUCGUCUCUCUCUGCCCUUCUCACCUAUUCAUGCUCUCUCUGAAAAAAACAAAACAAAAACCUAAAGGUAGUGUGCUUGUGAAAGAUUCAAAUUUGGCCACUGAAAUUCCAUUUUGAUACUAUUGUAUUUAGGAUACCCUGUGUUGCUUAGUGAGUGAAAGCUUUUGUGUAAUGCUGAAUGAAUCAUGUGCCUUCUCUUAGCCCAAGUGCAUCCCAACUCAUUGGGGCAUUUCAUAAUGAAUACUAAUAAUACAUCCUUGGGAUCUCUAGGUUGAAUGUGAUCCAUAACAAUUCUGUUCCAUGUUAGAUUCAAACCUACAGUUUUGGAAAUAAAUAUCCAUAAGUUGAAUUUGAGAGUUAUGCACUCAAUAGUAUAUCCCAGAUGAUUUUUUUGGCUCUAAUGAAAAUACCAUAGCAAUGCAAUUUCAAACUCACCCCCCUACAACGUGCCUUCCCUUUCACGAAUAUACCCUGUAUGAUUAUAUUUCUACAUGCCUUUUGUGCUGAAAUGAGACCCGUGUGUUGUACCUUUACAAUAAAUGAAAAUAUAAAAGUCA